UCUGUGUGCGUAGAAGGCGUCUGGGAAUCGCGACGUCUUCGCUUCUUCUUUACAAUCGGUCUACUCUUCCACGUAGCAAUGGCAUUCGGUGGGAGCCGCGGUACAUGGAAGAGGCGGGGACCGCCGGUUGGAGCUGUCGACCGAGCUAAGAAGUCCAAGGUUGCGCUAUAUGAUACCGAUACCUCACAAAGUUGUGUAAGUGGCGACGACUUUGUUUCUCCACCUAAGGCCUUCCCACUCCCAUGAGAAAAGGGUCGCUUGGUUCCGAGAGAGGUUGAAUGGACUGUUGGUUCACGCCGUAUUCGGAUAUUAAGAUAGUUGGCAUGAUAUUUUUCCCCAUUCUUUGUCGUGGUCACUAUUUCCUAUUGUGUUUUGAUAUCCUCCAUUAUCGGUAUGAGAUUACUGAUAACGACUCUGAUCCCACAUCAAAGACAUUAAAAUAUGGAGAUUCACUAGAGGAUAUGAAGGAUAUGCUAUAUAAGUUCUUUAAUAUUAUUCAUCAUGGGAGGUCGGCUCUUUGUGCUUGUUUAGAUACUAAGCGUUUGCAAAUGUCCCGGCGGGAUUCAAAGAAUAAGACAUAUUGUGGAGUUUUUCUUAUGCGUCACAUGGAUUCUUAUGUAGGCUAGCAGGUCUCCCAGUGGGAUUGUGGACUUGUUAACGGGGACACUAGUAUGCUGCACAAACUAAGGUUGCAGUACAUGAAGGAACUAACAGUGUUGGGGUUCAAUGUGUACAAUCGCGGAAUCUAUCUCGGGCCCACUAGUCUAUCUCUGCUCUUCCUCCUACUAUGUAAACAUGGGGUUUCCACUUCUGUAUUUUGGGUGGUCUUACACGCACAGUUGUCUAGACUUGUUAUUUGCUAUUUUUUGGUUUGGAUGUUUUUUGUACUGAAGUUGUCGAAUACUUCUGUUAGGUUAUAUUUAUUUUGACAUUAUGUCUGUGGUAUGACAGAUUGCUUUGA